UUAACAUGUCAACACAUGUGCACAAUUAAAAUGCUGCUAAAUAGGCUGCAACCUACAGAUGGAGGUCAAAUAAAUGACAAUUGUAUAUCAUACUAUUUAAUAUAUUGUUUCCAAUAAACAGAGCGGUUCUGUAUUCACGUCAUAUCCCAGGGAAAGAUUUUGGUACAGUCCUGAGAAAUGUUUCAUCCCCAAAAGACUAUAAUUACAGAUUAAAUGCUACAGCUUUAGAAGAUGAGCAGGGGUUUGUAGAAUGAGGGGCAGCAAAAGUAAUAAAAAGCAACUAUUAUUCACAAAACACACAUACACACACACACACACAUAUACCGCAUACCAAUCAUACUAUUCAUGUACUGAUAAAACCCCUAGUAUAAAUAAUGAUCUAAAAUCACACAAAAAGAAUCCGCAAUUUUUACUGCUCAAACUAAGUGUUAUCAGUAAAUUUAUACUAUAAUAUAUUUAUACUGUUAAAUAUAUGGGGUGUUCACUGUUUAACCGAUAACUGAUAAGAAUUGUAAUCGAUUAAUACUAUCAGUUAAACGGAUAAUAAAAGAAUUCUAAAACGUUUGCAGUAUGGUAAACGUACAGAACGAAGAGUGUAAAAGAAAUGCACUUGGAUACAAAGCCUAUAAAUUCAGGGCGUGUCGACAAGUGCAGCCAGCGGGGCUGGUUUUUGUUACAGCAUUUUUCAUGCUAUACGUUAAGAAGUGUGCAUGCUACUUGUAGUUCAUUUGAGUUCUACAAUAUUUUCCUACCCUAGAAAUGGACGUAAGCUGUGCCGGACCUGCCACUCACACCCUACAGUCAAGAUUGUGACUCUUAGCUCCCGGGGAAAUGGAUUACAAACAACAGAUGAGGGAGAGCUAAAGAAAAGGCUCCGCCAGUCACUGCAGACCAUGUUCCCCGUGUGUGGUGACCUCCUGUUGGGAGAGACACAGAUACGGCGACAGCUCCUGUCAGAGGUCAAUGUGCCCACUGGUGCACAGGUCAUGAUCAGCAACAACCGACAUGCACGAACCUCGUCCCUAAUAGCAGAAAUGCGACAGAGGCGAGAUGCCUUGCUGCACAAAGAGCUCAACUACAAUUUGUUCGCACUGAACUGCGAGCAUUUUGCUACCUUCAUUCGAUAUGGACAGGCUGUGUGCAACCAGAUACCAGGAAGAUCAAAGAACACAGAAUGUGAAAGUGCAACUAAGGUUUUCCAAGACAUUGUUCAUGAAGUUUGGCCCUAACAGGAAAUUUUGAUUCCUGGUAAUUCAAACUUUAUUUUGAGUUUUUUUGUAGAAUCUGGUAGGGGGUAAUAUGUUUUCAAAAUUCAAAUCUACCAUAGCUAUAACAUAGUAGAGGGUAAAUUAUAAUGCAUAUUUAUAUGAAUAUACACUGGACAAUUCCUGGCUUUCAGAAGCUUAUACAGUGUCAGUUCAGAUUUUUGAUACUAUGCUGUUUACGUAGGUAACAUUUCUCAGGGACCCUUAGUGAAUAACUAAUACAGAUCUCUUAUUUAAAAUACUGACACAGAAUUACUUUAAGAUAAAACUCUUAGCAAUUUACUAUUACAUGUAACACCUUCCAUCUAGGUGGCUGAAACCCUCAAAAGUGGAAAAAGUCAUCUAAUCAUAUCAGUUCAAUCAAUUCAUAUUGCUGCUAUGAUUACAAUUUAAGAAAAAAACAGCUGUUAUUUUGUUAUUGGCUAUCUGCGAGUACUUUAUUAUACAUGUCAUGCCAAAAUAAUAAGAUUUAUACUUGCCAGGUUCUCAUAUGCUAUGCUGUGUAAUGCAGUUGAUGUCAUUCACUUAUCAGUUUUAUUCCUCCUAUAAUUAAAAAAAUGGCAGUGACA